AUGGAUCUCAUACGGCGUGCUUCACAAUUCAUGCCGGCUGCACCGACGCCUCAGCUCCCGUCUGUAGAUGGCAAAGGCCGCAUUCAACGAGCCAACCGAUGGCGAGCCCGCCUUGCCUACUUCAGACAGCCUAUGCGGUUGAAGGGCAACUCCAACAUAUCUGUGCCGCUAGGCAUCGUUAUCCUCUUUCCUUGCAUUGUGGUGCUUUUGAUCUUAAUACUCUUCGUGAGGCAUCCUAGCUCCCCAGGCAGGAUACUGAUGCCUGCAGGAGCACCUCCGGCUAUUCGCAAAAUUAGCGAAGAACACGAUAAGGUGUUUGUCACCGGGUGCCUCGAACCAGAUACGAGUCAGCCACGAGCGAACGGCGCUUUUGUGGUCCUGGCGAGAAAUAAAGAACUGGAGGGCGUCAUCCAAUCGGUAAAAUCUAUAGAGCGUCACUUCAACCGGUGGUAUCAUUACCCCUAUGUUUUCCUAAACGAUGGCGACUUCAACCAGACCUUUAAAGACGUCAUACGCAACUUUACCUCUGGCGAGGUUGAGUUUGGGAAAGUAGGGCCAGAGAUGUGGGGAUACCCAGAUUGGAUUGAUCCCAAGGUUGCCAAGGAGGGCAUCGCCAAACAAGGAGACGCCGCUGUCAUGUAUGGCGGACUGGAGAGCUACCACGCCAUGUGUCGGUUUUAUUCUGGCUUUUUCUACAAGCACCCUCUCCUUGCCAAGUAUGAGUGGUACUGGCGGCUGGAACCGGAGAUCAAAUAUUUCUGUGACAUCACUUAUGACCCUUUUUUAAGAAUGAUCGAGUCCAACAAAACAUAUGGUUUCACGAUUGCCGUGAAGGAGCUCCGCGAAACUGUCCCUAACAUGUUCCGAUAUGCAUCUGCCUACAAACGGCAGAAAAACUUAGAUUCGAAGGGACUCUGGGAGAUGUUCGUCGAGCCACAGCCGGAGAAGGAGGAACCGUUAGCCGAAGAUGAUCCGAACUACAAGCUACCCCUUCCAGAGGAGAUUCUACGCACAGACCCGUCUCGCAAUAGCCCGCCCGAGAUCGAUCCGGAGGGUAUGGAAGGCGAGAAGUACAACAUGUGCCAUUUCUGGUCCAACUUCGAGAUUGCACGACUGAGUUUCUUUCGCAGCAAUGAAUAUGAGGAGUUUUUUCAGAUGAUGGAUCGCAGCGGUGGUUUUUGGAUGGAACGAUGGGGUGAUGCACCCAUCCACUCUCUUGCAGCCGGUGUCCUUCUCGCUCCCCAUGAUAUUCAUUAUUUCCGCGACUUUGGUUACCGCCACACUACCAUCCAGCACUGCCCAGCCAACGCUCCGGCGCGACAGCUACCCCGUCAACCUUACCUCGAGAAGACAACGCUUGACGAACGCAAACGGACGGAAGAGGACCAAUAUUGGGAGAAUUACGACGAGCCGAAGGAGAAUGGCGUUGGGUGCCGCUGCCGUUGCGAUACAGACAUUGUCGAUGUCGAGGGCAAGGAAGGCAGUUGCUUGGCAGAAUGGGUUGAUGUUGCUGGAGGCUGGGCCAGUCCUUGA